GUUCAAAGCCCCUUCUGAGUUUGAUUUGAGCGGACCCAUUUUGACUGAAUUGGUGAAUGAUGUGAAGAAAGAAUUGGGUGAUCAACGCCAAAUAUGGAGCACUAAAGGUUGCACCAUCAUGACUGAUGGUUGGACAGACAGGAGAAAUAGAACUCUCCUUAAUUUUCUUGUUUCUUCCGCAGGGGGCACCGUUUUCAUCAAGUCUAUUGAUGCCUCCGCCCAUUGCAAGAAUGCCACCUACCUAUGUGAGUAGAUAGAGGAGGUGAUUAAUGAGGUGGGUGAAGAGAACGUGAUACAGGUGGUGACUGACAAUGCACCAAAUUAUGUUGCUGCAGGCAGACUAUUGAUGGAGAGGCACCCAUCUAUAGUUUGGACUCCAUGUGCCGCCCAUUGCAUUGACCUCAUGUUAGAGGAUAUUGGAAAACUUCCAUGGGUCAAGACAUGUGUAGAAAAGGCAAGAAAUGUGUGCAAAUUUGUAUAUAAUCAUUCAUGGGUGUUGGCUCUUAUGAGACAAUACACAGAGCAUAAGGAGUUAGCUCGUCCAGGAAUCACAAGAUUUGCCACAAACUUCAUCACAUUGCAGUCCAUGCUUCGUUGUAAGAUGGCCUUGAGACGUAUGAUUGUUGGUGAGGAGUGGUCUUCCUCAUCCUAUGCUGCCACCCCAGCAGGAAAAGAUAUGGCAGACUGCAUUUUUGAUGAGCGAGGCUUUUGGAGCCCUUGUGAUGAGAUAGUGAAGUUUGUUAAGCCCUUGGUGGUUUUGUUGCGAGUUGCGGAUGGAGAAAAGCCCGCAAUGGGCUACAUAUAUGAGGGCAUGGAUAGGGCGAAAGAGGGCAUCAAAUCUAUCUAUGCAGGAGAUGAGAGCAAGUAUGGUCCCAUUUGGCAGAUCAUUGAUAAGAGAUGGCAUCAUCAGCUUCAUAGGCCCAUCCAUGCAGCAGCCUAUUAUUUGAAUCCGGCAUUCCAUUUUAGCCCUACUUUCAGGGCUGAUGCGGAGGUCCUUGAUGGGCUAUACUCAGUCAUGGACAAGAUGGCACCUGUUGGUUGUACUCAGACAGAUCUUAUGCGAGAGCUACAGUUGUUCUCAAAUGCACAAGGGGAGACCUUUUCUCGUCCUAUCACCAAAGAAAGAGUAAACCUUCUAAACAUCGAACCCACGAAGGCAGAAGUGUUGGCAAUCACAAGGGCACAGGCCAAAAAGGCCACAUACCCCGAUCCUCGCACGGAGACCAAGAGAGUGCGGGAAGCAAGGGUCGAGAUCACAAAGGAAAUGGCUGCACAAGGAAAAAGAUGCCACGAGGCCACAAGCCCAUCACGGACGAAGGGAGAAGAGAGAAUCCUAUGGCAAAUAUAG